GCAAGCCUGCAAUCAUUAGCCGAAAAAGCGUAACGGCUAAAGCUAACGCUUCCGGUCUGGCAGUACAUGGGAAAGGAGACCAGAGGCCGAUUUUUUGGAUGGAUGUCAAUGGAGGGGUGUUUUUCUCCUUUGUCUUUCUCUCGUUUCCCUCUUACUUUACAGGACUUGUGAUUGGACCGUGCUUUCGUCAGUCAUCAAUUCUACGUCACUAAGGACCGAUCAGACGUCAGUGGGCGCAUAUAAAGACCCGGAUGAAACGCGAGUUCGGGAGGAGCGUUUGCUUUUCAUUUGUUUGUUCUCCUGCGUUUACUUUUGUGUUUGCUCCCUGUUUUUUUUUUUUGUAAUUUUCUGAAUCUGAGUUUUCGUGUGUUUGAGUUUUUUUCUUGUGAAACUUUACUGUUCAUCAGUUAUUUAACUGCGUUUACGUUGUGACUCGACCCUCGGUGUUUUCCGAGUUUAUAUAAAUCCUGCUUCGACACAUAGUGAUGGGACCAGCUCAGCAUGUCACGUGACUUACAUCUUAUUACACGCAGGUGUCUGGCUGUUGGAACGGGCUCUGCAGUCAGCAGCACUAUGAGUCGCUAUAACCCAAAAGAGCUUGUUCAGAAAUCUCAGGAAGCCAAAGAACAGGCGUAUUGUCCCUACAGCAAGUUCAGAGUCGGAGCAGCUGUCUUAACAAGCGAUGGAACCGUGUUCACAGGUUGUAAUGUAGAGAAUGCCAGCUAUCCUCUUGGACUGUGUGCUGAGAGGACUGCAAUCUCUAAAGCGGUGUCUGAGGGAUAUACCAGCUUCAAAGCCAUCGCAAUUGCCAGUGACCUUGAGGAUCGCUUUAUUUCUCCAUGUGGAGCCUGUAGGCAGUUCAUGAGAGAGUUUGGCUCACAGUGGGACGUUUAUAUGUCAAAAUCUGAUGGAUCUUACAAACUGAUGACAGUGGAGGAGCUCCUGCCGUGUUCAUUUGGCCCUGAUGACCUGAGAAAAGGAAAAAACCCUGUUGGCAAUUCGAAAUUGUAAUAAAAAUAAAAAUAAAGCUAUAAGCCAUGUAACAAACCAGAUGUGCAGAUUUAAAAUGUUUUGAAUCGAUGUAUAGCUGUAUUAUUUUCCCAAUUAAAAAAUAUAAAUAUGAACA